GAAAGCUUGCCCAGAGGAUGAAAACAACAAUCCUCUUCAGCGACUACCAAUACUUCGUUUUGACUACAUUAAACGUUUCUACUGAGGAUGAAUCAGCCCGAGCGUUAUGAGCUCAUUGAGCUCAUGGGAUUGCCCAAAGUUACCUAUGAUUUAGACAGUAAAUCACCAAAUGCGGCCGUUAUAACUAUUGAAAAAGAAGAUCAUACAUUAGCAAACAUGUUAGCACAACAAUUAUUAACAGAUGAACGCGUGCUUUUCGCAGGAUACAAGGUUCCCCAUCCUUUGAAUCAUAAUUUUAUUCUAAGAGUUCAAACCACCGAAGAAUGUACUCCUAAACAAGCGAUCGUGGACGCAGCCAAAGCGCUCAUCACACAUCUGGAAGAAAUUAAGGUGAACUUUAUGAGGGAGUGGGAGCUCAAAAUGAUUUCUGUAGAAGGAGUGGAAAUGGAAUUUUCCUGAAAAAGUAAGUAUGACGGUUUUAUGCUGUGAACGCGUUUUUCCUACCCUAUAGAAAGCCCUAAUGGGCGUGUUGCCAAUCAGCGUCAUAAAAGACCGUUUGUUAAAUGGUGCACUUUAAUGAAAGUUGAUAAAAAAAACAGACUAGAAAGCAAAAGUAUGGGGAAGUCUUUAAUGUUGCAUAGCAUGCGCUCAUUCAUAUUCUUCCCUUCUGAGUGUGUUUACCAUAUCUUAAACGUUGGUCAAGCAAUGAUCCCUGAUGACACUUAUUCUUUUAUAUGCAAUACCGUUUCUAUCGUUUUAGAGUCGGAGUUACUCGAAUGCUUCAUUCUGUUUGCCUCCUUUUUUUUUAGUUUUUAACAAAAAACUUUUUUUUUGACUCCUUGGUUUGGUUGGCUAAUAUAUUUAAAAGUAGAAUCAGAAUGUAAUAAUAGAAAUAUGCAAAUGCUCAUUAUAGGAUGAUUAUGAAGAUG